AUGAGUGGCUUGCAAUUACUGAAUCCAAACGCAGACUCUGCCAACAUUUCAGAGGCCCGUCUGAUAAACAUUGCUGCAGCGGGUUCCAUUCAAAAUCUCUUGAAGAGUAAUAUUGGACCAAGAGGUACCCUCAAAAUGUUGGUGAGUGGUGCUGGUGAUCUCAGAAUUACAAAGGAUGGUAGUAUUCUCCUCAACGAAAUGCAAAUUCAACAUCCUACAGCAGCUCUCAUUGCCCGUACGGCCACAGCCCAAGAUGAUAUUACAGGAGACGGAACCACAACAACAGUUUUACUCAUUGGUGAAAUGUUACAACAAGCAAACAGAUAUUUGCUUGAAGGUUUGCAUCCUUCAUUACUUAUUGAAGGCUUCUAUUUGGCCAAGGCCGAAAGUAGAAAAUUCCUCGACACGUACAUGGAACAAAUGAAACAACGAAUUAAGGUCGAUCGUGAAGUUUUGGUAAGCGUUGCCAGAACAGCUCUCCAAACCAAGCUCUAUCCAGAACUUGCCAAUCAAAUGGCUGACAUUAUUGUUGAUGCUAUCAAGUGUAUUCAAAUUGAAAAUCAACCAAUUGACUUGUUCAUGGUUGAACUCAUGCACAUGCAACACAAGAUGGACGUGGAAACUAGAUAUGUGAAUGGAUUGGUGUUGGACCAUGGAGCUCGUCAUCCCGAUAUGAAACGUGAGGCUAAAAAUUGUUACAUUUUAACAUGCAAUGUUGGUUUGGAAUAUGAAAAAUCCGAAGUUCACUCUUCUUUCCAAUUGAACAGCGCUGAAAAGAGAAAACAACUUGUUGACGCAGAAAGAAAAGUUGUUGAUGAACGUGUUCAAAAGAUUAUUGACUUGAAGCAUCAAGUGUGUGGAGAUGACCCAUCUAAGAAUUUUGUGGUUAUUAAUCAAAAGGGUGUUGAUCCAAUUUCACUUGAAAUGUUUGCCAAGGCUGGUAUUAUUGCUUUAAGAAGAGCUAAGAGAAGAAAUAUGGAACGUUUGACAUUGGCUUGUGGAGGUGUGGCUGUGAAUAGUGUUGAAGAAUUGACACCAGAGACUUUGGGUUAUGCUGACCAUGUUUAUGAACAAGUGAUUGGCGAGGAAAAGUAUACUCUUGUUGAAGGAUGCAAGAAUCCACACAGUUGUACUAUUUUGUUGAAGGGUCCAAACAAGCACAGCAUUGCUCAAGUCAAGGAUGCAGUGAGAGACGGAUUGAGAGCUGUCAAGAAUGCUAUUGAAGAUGGUGUUGUGAUUCCAGGUGCAGGUGCUUUUGAAAUUGCUCUCCAUGAUCAUUUAAUGAAGUAUGCUGAAACUGUGGAAGGAAGAACAAAGCUAGGUGUGAAAUGUUUUGCUGAGGCUCUUUUGAUUAUUCCAAAGGCUCUCGCUCAAAACUCUGGAUUUGACACACAAGACAUUUUAAUCAAGCUUCAAGAAAAACAUCAAAAGGGACAAAUUGCAGGUCUAGAAAUUUACACAGGUGACGCCAUUGACCCAAUUCAAGCAGGUAUUUUCGACAAUUAUAUUGUAAAGCAACAAACACUGGAAGCUGCUACUUUUACUGCCACUCAAUUACUUUAUGUUGAUGAGAUUCUGAAGGCUGGAAGAGCUCAAAAGCCAAAGACUGAAGAGCAAGACAUGGAAGACUUUGAAUAA